CGUCGACGUCCUCGAGGCAAACUAAGGUUGGUAGUCACUUUUCGCUUUCUUCAGCGCAAAAUGUUACUGGCAACGUUGGCGUACCAUCGUCGAGUAGCCGUGAGGAAAGAGCUCAGAGGACUGGGUCGGCGUUUUGGCAAGAUGCGCUUACGGCCAUAGGCGAGCGCGUGCCGGAGAUGGUGCCAGCGGAUAUGGCUGCCAUUACAAUGGCCGUAUGUAAAAUUGAUGAUCCGGGAAAGGACGAACUUUUGAGAAAAUUUUUCGGUGCACUUGCUGGAUAUGGAACAGGAACUGCACCUUCGUCGAGCACCCCUUCGACCGGUACAGAUCGUAAGUCCGCUCCUUCAGGCGUUGUACCUCCUUCUAGCAGCAGUUCUUCAUUGUCCUCGAGUGAAUCGGCAACAACAUCAAAUGCAGUGCUACGACAAGUUAGCGGCCGCGACUUGGGACACCUAUGCUGCGGUUUUAGUACAGUACGCGACCGCAGGCUUGCAAAAGACUUUCUCGACCGCAUUGCGACACCAAUCCUCUUAGACGUGCAAGCGCAUUCAACCAUUGAAAGAUCGCCUGGCGUUUCCGCUGUUGUAGAUACAUUGGCAUCUUCCUCUUCGAAGUCGAAUAGUCACGACGCAACUUUUGCAGACCACUCAGCGCCUGUGGCGUUCGAUGAGAGCAUGUCAAGAUUCGCACAUCAGACAAGCUCUACUGGAAACAUUUGCUUAUUGGAUGCGAACUCAAUGACCCGCAUACUGAACGCCUACGCAAAAAUCAAUGCAGCGCAAACGGAUCGUCGGGUAGCUAACUUCUUAGCAACUUCUGCCGUUGAAUGGAUUCCCGAGCUGUAUGCUCGGGAGCUCGUCAAUGUCGCCUUGUCCUUUGCGAAGAUCAGAUGCUCUGGGGUAGAGGAGACGCUUACACCGCGAAAAAACGCGACCAUGAAGAAAAGCAGUACAACUAUGUCGGCCCCAGGUUCUUCGCCGUCGCCAGAAAAUGAGGCCUCGGCAAUCACUACGGAUUAUAGUGCUGCAGACACGGCAAAUCAACCAGCAGCGGAUAGAACAAGUAAUGGUGCGACCACGAUAUCCUCGAGAGGUAUGAACGUGUUCCACCGCAUUCGCAGUCGCAUCCUUGACGAACGCCUAUGGUCGACUUUCAAUGCGCAAGAUUUCGCAAACUGUCUUACAGCGUUUUGUGCUUAUAGCAGCUCGAUUGAGGGGAGCAGGGUAGCUUUGAAUCCCGUCAUUCAGACACACGAAAGAGCAACAGCAUCUACGUCUUUAGCAGGACCAUCUUCAUACAGUUUUUCGAGCGACACAGAAUUUCAGGUGGCUUUAGCAGAGAAUCUGCGUCAGAAUCUUCAGAAAAUGGACUUAUUGCCUCAGCACGUAGCUAGUUUGACUUGGAGUUUUGGACGAAAACUAGACCGCUUUGAUCUGAUCCGGUUCCUCUUUGACGACGAUUGUAAUCAUCAAGGGUCUACUUCAUCAAGUUCGAUUACAUCUUUUUUUCCGCCUGUGGGUAUCCAAGUCAUGACUAAGUUACAGAAACCGCAAGAAUUGGUGAAUUUGUGGAGUGUGCUAACGGUGGAGCGGCCUGCUGUGGCCGCAAAAUACCUGCUCCCGGACUUCACGCCCACGAUCAUCGCGAAGCUGCAGGCGCUAGAUAUUGUGCCUUUGGCGGAAGGGUAUGUGCGGAUUGUGGAGAGUGGCACAAGUGCAACUGCGGAGCUGUGUCCAGGGGCGACUACAACCAUCUCUAAGGACGCUUGUACAGGGGCUUCAUCCUUCUUUCAAAUGCUAACAAAACGGGCGGAGGAAUUGCGACACGCUCAAAAGUUAGACGCAGCUCAGAUUCUCUUCCUUUUUCAUGCUUUCUGCAAAAUUCCCCUGCAUUCUAUCCAGAAUAACGAUAAUUCACCUCUGCUUCGUAACAUGCUGCCGGAUCUUCGGAGUCUGGACGCAAAUGCGCUAGCCCUCGUGUUGAGUGGGAUUACGCAUAAGAUAAGGCUGUCCGAGGAAACGGCUGGAUCAGUGAAUGCGACUGUGAGAGGAAACUGCAGACACGAGAAGGAAGAAACUUUUUUGGUCGAUGUUUGCCGCAAAAUCCUCGGCUUUUGGCAGAGUGGACGCGCAGAGGACCUCAAUGUUGUAGCAAACGAGGAAGAAAUACAGACGAACACGAAAGUUGUAAAGGAACUCGUAACUGCCAGUUGUACAACGUCGGUUUCAUCUAGUGCGACAAUGGACUUCGACCGCUUCAUUAGACUUUUCUAUAUGGGCAACAAGAACGUGGAUCGCAGUGUCACCAAUGUGUUGCAGAGUAUGGCUUUUCUCGCGAACAAUCGGAAUCUUCUGGUAGCAGGAAGCAAGGACUCGGUUUCAAGUUCAAGAAAUGCCACAACUUUUCUGCUCGAGCAUCGGAAUUUGAUUUCGCACUUGUCGCAGCUCUUGUUGCGCGAUAGUGAUCACUUUUCGGAUAGCACGCUUAUUCAGUCGAUUUACGCUUGCACACAAAUUAGCGAAGUCGAAGGGCAGCCGCUCAUUCCUGCCUUCGUCCGAAACCGAUUUCUCGAAAAGCUUUCGUCUAUCGGCUACGCGCGCUCAGAAACAUUGCGCGCGCCCGACUGUGUGGCGCUGGUGAACACAUUGGUGCUGUGCAACCACACAGCGGAUGAAACACUCCUUCGGAACGUCGCGGCCAGGUUCGCUCAAUGCAUGCAACAGACUUUUGGCGACGCUAGAGCACCUUCAAGUUCAAGUGUAAACAAGAACAAAAAGUUUGCUUGGCAGUUUUUGAACAGUUGUGCGCGAAUGCAGUAUCGGGAUUCUUCGGUGGAUGCGAUUGCGGGUUGCACUGACGUCUCGUCAGUCGCUGACGCGGACCAAGCAGCCACGUUGCUCUCGAGCCUUGCGCGGCUGGGCUACUUGCGGAACGCUUGGGUGCCAAGCUUUGAUGUUUCAAAACUUGCAAGGCCCACGUCGGGGAGUGCGUAUGCGGAACUUCUUUUUUACACCUACUUACACCAUAUGUGGUACGCAAACUCGUCGGGUACGACAAACAUAGAAGGUUGGAAGAACACUCUCUUUGUCGCGAAUACGAGGAGACUGAUGACUGCAUCAACUGGAGAUCAAGCAAGGGAACGAGAUGCUAAAGGAGCGACAACAGCAUGUGGAGGGUUGCCUGGACAGCUCCAGACAACUAGAGAGGAAGCGUCGCAGGUCUACACUGGUCUGUGCAUGCUGCGGCAAAUGGUGACCGACUUAGCAGUUCUGCCUCUCGGAGUCUUACGCUUAGCAGGCACGCAACUGGCAGCACAAGGCAUCUUUGAGAAUUUUUCAUCAGAUAGUUCUAGUUCUAGUUCUUCAGCAAGUUCAGGCACCCCUGUGGGAACUACAGGCUUCGUGGCAAAACAAGAUACAACCUCUAGCACUCCUUAUUUUGGAUCUACAACAGCGACCUCGGGCUCUUCGAGGCGGGCAACGGAAACUUUCAGAGAAGGCGAGACCGAAGCAGAAGUACUAGACGUAUUGGAGCGCUUUUGUCUUCGUUCAAAAGUUGUUCAAAAUCUAACGACGCAAACACAGGCUGGACCAUACAGUAUUGACUUGUGCAUUGACGGCGCGCUUGUCACAUGAAAAUGUAUGCUUGAAAGUAGAAGCCCUGUAGUACUUGAACUUGUGAUGAUUGUUGUUUGACGCUACUUGUUUCGCAUGCGCUACAUCUGCUUACACAUUUAACGACAUACAUAGGGAGCAAGACAAAGUUACUAUUGGGGCUUCAUUCGCACUAUCAACUUUACCCUAGAAUGUGGAUUGGUUUUAAUUUUUUCACUUUUCCGACAACCUGUAGAAGAAGAAAGAGAAACGCAAUCUGUUUCUUUGAAAGG